GAUGUAAAUAGUAAGAAAAAAUACACUAAACAUAUAGAAAAUAUCAAAAUAACCAAAGGUGUACCCUAUAUAUCCCCACCCCUUCCUUGUCCACAAAAAAAGGUAAAAAAAAUUUAAAAAAAAAUAAAUAAAUAAAAAUUAAAUAAAAAUGUGUGAUGGAAAAGGGGAUAUGUAUAUUUGGGGUACACUUUUGGUGUACCCUGUUCAAAUAGUAAUCCUACCUUUUACAUUGUCAUUUUGGGAGUAUCAGGCUCCUAAACUCGCCGCUAGUUUCCAUCGCAGCCAGCAGGCCUGUGCAACAAGCAUUUCCAUUAAUGGCGGAGUGGUGGAAGUGCGAAAUGGGUACUGGACGAUGGGCUUUUGUAAUGUUGCUACUAGGGGUUUUCGUGCUUCAUGGAUUGGCUAUCCUCUUAUUCACCCAUGGCUUCCUCCUCACCCGCACCGAGCUUUCUCAGUACAGCCAGUGCUCUGAUGUCCACCGCUCUCCCUGCUUCCCACCCCCUUCUUCAUUUCUCAAUAAACACGAAGAAGAAGAAGAAGCGAAACAUUCUCUUCCAGUCAAUCAUGGAAGUCGAAGUUGUUGGACCGAGCAAUCCGUUGAUCGCCUUGUUAUCAUUGUUCUUGAUGCUCUCAGGUUUGACUUUGUUGCUCCCAGCACUUUUUUUCAAGAGAAAAAACCAUGGAUGGACAAGUUGCACAUAUUGCAUAAGCUCGCCACUCGUCCAGGAACGUCUGCAAGGAUCUUCAAAGCUAUAGCAGAUCCACCUACCACCAGCUUGCAACGUCUAAAAGGAUUGACAACAGGUGGACUUCCUACUUUUAUUGAUGUGGGGAAUAGCUUUGGCGCUCCUGCAAUUAUCGAGGACAAUUUAAUAUACCAGAUGGUUCACAAUGAAAAACGAGUCUGGAUGAUGGGAGAUGACACUUGGUUGCAGUUGUUUCCUAAUCAUUUUAACACAUCAUAUCCAUUCCCUUCCUUCAAUGUCAAAGAUCUUCAUACAGUAGAUAAUGGCUGCACGGAGCACCUAUUUCCAUCUUUGUACAAAGAUGAUUGGGAUGUUCUUAUUGCACAUUUUCUUGGAGUGGAUCAUGCUGGUCAUAUAUCAGGUGUUGAUUCUACUGAAAUGAUAGAGAAGUUGGAACAAUAUAAUGGGAUUCUAGAGAACAUAGUGGAUGUGCUGGAGAGCCAGAGUGGACCAGGAGGAUUACAUGAAAACACUUUGCUCCUUGUGAUGGGUGAUCAUGGGCAAACUAUCAAUGGCGACCAUGGUGGAGGGACUGCUGAAGAGGUUGAGACAUCACUUUUUGCCAUGAGUUUUAAGAAGCCUCGAUCUCCCUUGCCAUUGGAAUCUGGAACUUCAUUUUGUGAAGCUAACCUGGACGGAAAUAGGAUGUGCAUUAGCUCCAUCCAACAGCUUGAUUUUGCAGUUACAUUGUCAGCUCUUCUUGGCAUUCCCUAUCCAUUUGGAAGCAUUGGACAAGUUAACGCUGAACUCUAUGCCUUGGCAGCUGGCACUUGGGAUUUAGAAAAUUUUGGCAAUGGUAAUUCUCAAGAUAAACUGGAGAAGUGGAUGCAGAAUUAUGUCAAUGCACUUUGCAUCAAUGCAUGGCAGGUUAAGAAUUAUAUUGAUGUGUAUUCAGCAUCAUCACUAAUUGGUUUUUCAGAAAAAGAUUUGUCACAUGUUGUGGCCCUUUAUGAUCUUGCACAAGACAUGUGGUCACAUACCAAAGAUGCUUUUGCGCAACGUGAAAAUGGGAAUAGCUCUACAUCGUUACCUACGCUGAAGAAGCAAAUCCAUGCUUUUUCCAACCUUUUGAAUAGUAUUUCCACUCUAGCCCGAUCAAAAUGGACAGAGUUUAAUUUAACAAUGAUGGGUGCUGGUUUUGUCAUGAUGUUGCUAUCUCUUCUUUUCCACGCCAUCAUCAUCAAGAAGUUGGACAGAAAAUGUGGAUUGCAUUUUUCUUAUUCUGGCAGCUUUAGGAUAUCGUUGGAGGUUGCUUUUGCUUAUAUUACCAUCUUGAUCCGGGCGUUUAGUUUUCUUUCAAACAGUUUCAUUUUGGAAGAAGGCAAAGUUGCUAGCUUUCUUUUAGCAACAACCGGAGUUCUUCAGUUACGUCGAGCAAUAGCUGCAAAGAAGAUGCAAUCAGAAGCUCUGUUUUUUGUUAUCCUGGUCCCAUUCCUCAGAUUCGGAAUUGAACUAGGACAGUCAAAGCAGGCGGUCAAUUCUUUAUUCUUGAAAACUUUUCCUUCAUGGACCCUAGGAGUUGACAAAGCUUCUAAGUUCUGGAUUUAUGGAGCUGAUCUCUUCCCGAUAAUAGCUCUUAUGCUUUUAGCAUUUAUAGUGUACCAGAGCAGCUCUUGGGGAACAUCAAAGUAUAUUGUUGCAGGAACUAUAUGCAGCUAUUGUCUUAUAGCCUUAAAUUGGACUAUCGAUCUUAACCCUUUUGAUUUAAGUGUGACAAUUGGCAGUUCUAAAGAAAAUUGGAUUCCCCGCACAGUGUAUCUUUUGGGAAUUUUACAAAUUCUUUUUUUGGCUACUGCACGAUGUUUGGGGAAACAAAUAACCUCACAUUCUGAAAGAUGCCAAACCAGUGCAUUGUCAAUGUUAUUUGCUUGGAGUUCAAUAAUUAUCAUUCUGUCAGGAAAGCAAGGACCUUUGGUUGCUUUAGUAGCUGUUAUUGAAGGCUGGUGCAUUGUUAGGCUUGCAAGAUUAGAACAGGGAGCAGUAGGUUCAACAUUAUUUUCUCCAGUAACUCAGUACUGCCUGUUAGCCGCGUGCCUCUUUUUCUGCACUGGUCACUGGUGUACAUUUGAUGGGCUUCGGUAUCCUGCUGCAUUUAUUGGAUUUGACGAAUUCAACCUUGUUCGUCAAGCUCUUCUUCUGACUAUUGAUACAUUUGGCUUUUCUCACAUUCUUCCAAUCAUUGGGCUCCCGUUUCUCGUGGCUUCCCUACCCCAUUUGGAGAAAAGUUCUCAGAGGAAGCAAUUAUUUUACAUGAGAUUAAUGCAAGUAUAUCUAAUGUAUGGACUUGCUAUGGCUACAACCACAACACUCACUAUCUUAUCUGUUACAAUACAGAGACGGCAUUUGAUGGUGUGGGGAUUAUUCGCUCCAAAAUUUGUUUUUGACGCGGUCGGUCUUCUUCUGACCGACUUCUUAAUAUGCCUCGCGUCUCUCUACUAUUUCUCUAACUGAUGGUUCGCGUAGAAAUCUACUCAGGUAAAAGACUUCUAUGAAGAAGAAACAUGGCCUAGAUGAACCUGCAAGUGCACUUUUCUAUGCAUUAGAGUAUUUCAUGUUAAUCACUUCCAUU